CUGGACUCUAACUUAAGUUAUCAACUUAUCACCAAGUGAAUAUUUGAUGGAACAAAAUGAACGAAUCAGACAAAUCCCAUUGCCGUCUUUGUGCCGAAAUGAAACCAAUAGAAAAGCUUAUCAACUUGGAAUCGGACAUAACUAGGCGUCUAGACAUUGUUAAUAAACUAACCCGAAUCAACUCACAUUCCACGAUUAUGUUUGAAAGGGAAGUUCUGCCGAAAACUGUGUGUUUGAUCUGUGUGAAUUCUCUAGAUAAAGCCUUUGAAUUUGUUGAAAAGGUUGAACAUGCCCAACAGAUUCUUAUCAACACCUAUAAGAAUGUGAAAAAGGAAGAAUUCAUAUCGGAUGAUGACAAUACAGAGCUUUUGCCUCCAGACACACCUAUUAAAGAAGAACCUAUGGUCCUUAUGGAUAAUUUAGCAAAAGUUUCUAAGAAACCUCUUAAAAAGCGCGCACAAAAACCUCAACCUACAUGGAAAGAUUAUAAAUGGACUUGUGCAAAGUGUGGGAGCGAAUUUACAACCAUAGAAGAGUUUAAAACACACUCAAUGACAUACCAUGAAUGCUGCAAUGCAUUUAAAUGCACAGAUUGCAACACAAACAUUCUACGACUAGAUAAAUUCUUACUCCAUGUGAAGCGGCAUAGGAAGCAUUUAAAAUUAUCAUGCUAUGUUUGCAAUACAAAGUUUUCGUCUGGUAAUAAAGUUACCUUACACAAAAAGGUACACUCAAUAUCAGAAAAUGUAUGCUCGGGUUGUAACUCCGAAUUCCAAAAUGUGGACGACUUAAAUCAACAUAUAAAGUUGUAUUAUAAAAACCGAGCAGGCAGCACUAUAGCAGUCAUGGACAUAUCAGACGGCCUGACAUGUGUGAUAUGUAAAAAGACUUUUAAAAGUAAAGGUAGCUUAAAUGGUCAUCUACUUGUCCACACGCAGAAAAGCCCUAAGAAAAGAGCGCACAUAUGUGACCGCUGCGGUAAAGGGUUUUAUAACAAAAGCGACUUGGCAGCGCAUGUAGCGUCGCAUGAUGAAGCCCGUCCAUUUCAAUGUGAAAUCUGUAAAGCAGACUUUAAAACCAUAAUCCGUUUAAAAGCUCAUAUCAAAGUCCAUAAUGAUUUUAAACCGUACUCCUGUCUUCAAUGCUUUCGUCGUUUUCGACUCAGGAAACAGCUAAAAUCCCAUGAAAUUAUACAUACAGAUUCCUUACCAUUUGUCUGUCCGUAUUGCAGCAAAGCAUUCCGGUUUAAAAGUAUCCUAGAUUUGCAUUUACGGCAGCAUACUGGUGUAAAGCCAUACUGCUGUGAAUUGUGUCAAAGGAAUUUCACAAAUUGGUCAAAUUACAACAAGCAUAUGAAAAGGAGACAUGGGACUAGCAUGGUCAAAAGAAAACCUAAUAUAAUAGUAGAAAAUAGCCCAGUCACUGGUAUGGAUUAUGCACCUUUGCCAGAAAAAACAUUACAUUUGAUGAAUCCCUGAAUGAAGCAUUGAUUGGGGCU